AUGACCAUACUCCGGUUACCCUCCCUGAUGAGGGCCGCCGCACUCGUCCUUGCCGCGGCGUCGGCCCUCGUCCCGCUCGCCUCCUCCGCCGUCGCCAACCCCAACCCCGAGCUCGCCAAGCGCGACGACGAUACAAAGUACUUCCACGAGCCCUGGGGCAGCCUCGCCCUCGGUCACUACGACUUGCGCUACUUCAAGGAGGAGGUUCCCUACGAACAACACACCGCCGUCCUCCGCGACCUCAUCCGCAGCUACCUGACCGUUAUGGAUGCUGCCGGCGCCGAGACAUGGAUCGCUCACGGCACUCUCCUCGGAUGGUGGUGGAACGGCCAGAUCAUGCCCUGGGACUACGACCUCGACGUCCAGGUCAGCAAUGCCACCCUGCAGUGGAUGGGUGACCACCUAAACCGCACCGAGCACUCGUUCAACUCGUCGUCCAGCCCCGGCUCCGUCAGCAAGUACGUCCUCGAUGUCAACCCCCACCACUCCGACAUCGACCAGGGCGACGGCAUGAACAUCAUCGAUGCCCGCUGGAUCGACAUGCAAAACGGCAUGUUCGUCGAUAUCACAGGCGUCCGCGAGCGCGAGGUUGACCGCCCCGGCUUCUGGAGUUGCAAGAACUUUCACCACUACGCCAGCCAGGAUCUGUGGCCCUUGCGCCGCACCGAGUUCGAGGGCGUCCGCGCUCUCGUCCCCUACAGCUUCGAGCAGAUUCUCGUCGACGAGUACGGUGCCAAGAGCCUCGUCACCGAGGAGCACGAGAGUCAUCGUUGGGACCGCGACAUUAAGCAGUGGGUGCGCAUGGACGCCGAGGACGAGAGGCGGGCCAAGGAAGAGGCCCGCGAGCGCAAGCGCCUCGAGAUGAUCCGCGACGGCCGCCUCAACACGAACCCCUGA